CGGAAGAGAUCCAUCACAGAAGAAGCAGCCGGAAGUGGAAGCCGACCGUUAACGUGCGCGGUGAGGAUUUAUUGAUCCGAUGGAAGGUCAGUCAGGUGAUGUCAUAGUGACGCCAGCAAACAGGAAGUGCUCGGCCGUUACAGGAAGUGCGCGGAAGAUCAAAGACAAUGCGGCCGACUGGCACAACCUGAUGAUGAGGUGGGACAAACUUAACGAGGAAGGGUUCAACGUGGCGGGAAACAUCGUCAACAUCAAACUGACACGCUCUCAGAGCGAUCAGCUGCUGCUGGUGGACGAGUCUUCAUCAUCUUCAUCAGCUGGGCUGCAGCAGGGCGGCGGCGCUGAGCUGCAGGACGAAUGCUGCAAACUGCAGGACGUCAUCAAUAAAAUGGUUGCCGUGGUGACAAAGAUGGAGCGUCUGAUGACAUCACAGCGAGGAAUUCGGGACCUGGAGGAGUUUCAGUUCGGACCUGAGGGCAGAAAGUUCCCUCUGUUUCUCACCUGGAACACCAAACACUUCGAGGAGGCGUCUCGGGUCCUGUUGGACUCGUUCCGUCAGGAGUUGAGGCUGAAGCAGUCGAUCCUACAGGAGCUGGCCCACACCGCGACCUCUGACCUCUGCAUGGUCUACCUGUCCUGCUGGCUGCACCAACCCUUCACGCCCCCCCACACCAGACUGACGCUGGAGGCUCUGCUGCUGGAGACCGGACACCGGCCGCUCUGAUUCUCUGAGGUGUUAGCCUAGCUUAGCUCUGUGGUUUAUUGAACAGGUGAAAACCUGCAGGUGCAUUCUGGGAAUCAGCUGGUGGACUUUUCGAUGUCGACUGGACAUACGAGCAGAGAGUGUUUAUAGUUGUUUAUAUUUAUUUAUUUCUGACAGAAAAUAAAUAAUGAAUAAAAAUAAAA